AUGGCUCCCAAAAAGGGUGACUCAAAAUCUACUCCCAAGAAAAGCAAAUCAGAGGAGCCAAAGAAGGCGGCGAAGGAUGAGAAAAAGGGAGGAAAAGAAGACAAAAAGGGGGGGAAGAAGGCAGAAGACCCCAAAAGUAAAGGAAAGAGUAAAAAACCUGCCAGUGAGUCGGACGCAUCUGAGGACGAUGUCAAAAGUGAAGAUGAGAGCGAAGAAGAGGUGGCACCCAAGAAGGUUGAUAAAGGCAAAGCAAAAGCUGCGCUGAAAGGGGCAUCUAAGGCCAUGGCUGUAAAGAAUCUUAAACCUUCAUCCAAAGCAGCUGCGUCUGACGAUGAUGAGGAAGAAGAAGAUCCGAGGAGGGCACAGAUGAAGAAAGGGAUGGGUGCAGUUAACUUGAAAAAGAUGACUGAUAUAAAUGUUAAAGGGGCUUCAAAGGCAAUGAUGGGGUUUGCCGUUCAAGCACCAAAAAAGCCCAUUACGCCGGCAAAACCUCAGCCAUCAGCAGCUCAACUUAAAGGGGCGUCCAAAGCUCUCACCAGCAUCGCAGGAAAGACAUCCCCCUUUGCCAUGGCGAAACCUGCUAAACCACCAGAAAAAGCAAAGCCUAAAAGAAACCUUAAAAGCACCUCCCGCCUAUUCCUGCGACUCUCCAAGAAGAAAAAGCCGGCUGCAGGGAACAAACCAAACCUUGGUGCUAGCAAACUUCUCGCUGGGCUCGGGGGUAAAUCUGGGGACAAAAAACCUGGCCUUUCUGGAUUUAGUUUGUUUGGUAAAAAAGAUGCAGCUAAAGACACAGAGAAAAAGACACUCAAUCUUUCGGGUUUAGGCGGGAAAAGUGGGAAAAUGGCAGCUGAAGCCAAGGGAAUGGGAGGAAAAUUCAAGGGGUUGUUUGGAAAGGAGAGGCAAGAAGAAGAGUUUAAGACUAAAAGCAAACUACUGGGAAAGAUAGCUGCAGCCACUAACUGGUUGACAGGGAGAUUCUUGACGGUGAAAGGGCACGGCAGACUAGCGGGAGUAAAACGGGGCCAAAAGCGCUUGUCAUAUAUCCGCAGGGACGAUAAGGGAAGGCCGUCGUACUAUCACAAUCAAAGUUAUGACCUCGAUGCGGAUGAAUAUGAGUAUGAGGAAGAUUACCAUGAUGGUUGGAGACCUAGAGGCUUACACAGACGCGCUAUGACCCAUGACCCCUAUGCCCCUUACGACCCUUAUGACCCUUAUGACCCUUAUGGAGAAGACAUGGAUUAUUAUUAUGAUGAUGAGGAGUGGGAGGAUGAGUAUGGGUACUAUGACGAUGAGGGAAACUUUUAUUACGAGGAUGAGUACUACGACGAUUACUUCAACGAAUUUGAUGGAUAUUAUGAUGACGAAUAUGAAGACUAUUAUGAAGAUGAAAUGGAUUAUUACUAUGGUGAUAAUGAAAUGCUCUAUCCAAUGGAGCCAGAUCCAUAUAGUUAUAAUUAUGCCAACGGUCAUAAUCCUUAUGAGCAAUAUGAUCAAUACGAGGAUUAUUUUGAUCCAAAUAUGGGUUAUACCUAUGCAGACACUUAUGACAUGAUGAAUGGAGGUUAUGGUGAAUUUAUGGGCCAAUAUGCUGAUCCAGUGAUGGGAUACGUCGACCAAUCUGCUAUGUACAAUUCAUACCAGCCAUCUUUGUAUGUUGAUCACGCUGAAAUGGAACCGUUUUAUGGACAGGAACAGUUGUCAUAUGCUGUGCCCCAGCCCUUUACAACAGAACAAUUUAAAGUCCCCAGACCCCAGGUGAGAAUGUUUGGACAAGAGAGACUUGAUGUGCAAACUUUACCUCCUCCUCCUCACAUGUCACCCUCAAUUGCACUGAACAACCAAGAUAUGAUGCUAGAUAUGCAGUAUGAGCAGCCACUUCUCCCGCCCUCUCCUAUGUUUCAGCAAAAUCAGUUUCUUCCUCCUCAGACUGCUCACCUUCCACUGGCUGCUUCCCCAAAAGAGACCCUGCAAACCGUGCCUCAGUUGUUGGGGGUCCACCGAUGUCCCCAAGAGAGCAGCGAAGGUCCCCGAGUCCGCCACCUUCUCCCCCUCAACAACGAAGAGGAAUAUCAGGAAGGACACAGCCGUCUUUGGCACGAGGAAGAAGAGGCAACGGUCUGCAAAGAGCUCCAACACAGAGGGCUCAAUCACCACUUGCAAGCCCCCUAUCCUCUCCCCGAGCAUCAAUCAGGAAAAGAGCAGGCCGGCCUCCUUCUCCAAGACUUUCUUUUAGACAGCAGCCCCCUCCGGAUGCGGUGCCCCUUCCAUCUACACGACCUAAAGGAAGAAAUCAAACAACCAGACAGAAGCGUUCCUCUUCUCCCUCACUCCCAAGGCGAAGCCCCCCUUUAUCUGACAGACCUCAAUCCCCACCCCGUGCUUUCCGACCAGCCUCACCUCAUCGCCCACCCUCCAGUUCCCCCUCACAGAUUACCAGACGUCCACUCCCCACCAGGGCUUCCACUCGCAGGCUCCGAGGUGGACCAAAUCGAACACAGAGCUUCCUCACCCCUUGCAUCUGCAUCAUCUCUUCUGGGAGGUGCUCUUCAGAAUCCUUACUUGCAGAACAACAAUACAUCCUCUACUCUACAACAAAGCACCUCACCACUGCCUGAUGGGCAGCAAAUUAUAUCCAACGAACAGGUAGCGACGGUCCCUGCCUCCCUUCUUCAAUCCUCACCACAACUGUCUUCAACUAUGCUUACAUCCCAGCUGCGUAAUGCUUCCUUUGUUUCACCUCUUCAGCGUCAUCUUUCCCCAAUGUCUGUUGCCUCUUCUGCUCCUCCUUCAACUCAUCAGCCAGACGCCAGUGUUAGCACUACUCCUAUUUUCUCUGGUGGAUUACGAACUUCCCAGAUCCAGGGAUCAAUGUUCCGGUUUCCAAGUGGCACUUUGAGGAUGCCCCAGAGCACUGUUGCAGCUGCUGUUGCACCUACUUCAGCUCCUUCCCCUCUGUCCUCUUCUAUGCUCUCAUCUGCCUUGCUUAACCCCAGUUUGCGUCAGGCUACAUAUCGUUUGCCAGAUGGAUCACUGGUUACGAGAACAGAGCCUGCACCAACUCCUUCCCCUAUGUCAUCAAUGCUUUCCUCAGCACUGCUAAACCCCAAUGUUCGCAAAGCCACCUAUCGUCUACCAGACGGAACUUUAGUCUCAAGAGAGGAGCCUGUGUCCGAGCCUGUCACUCCCUCUUCUCCCAUGCUCUCCUCUUCUAUCCUCAGUUCUAAUUUACGAAUGGCCUCUUACCGAUUACCCGAUGGUUCCAUUCUAUCUCGUCCAGGGAGGGAGGAACCAACUCCCCAAAGUCCCGUGUCCUCCCCUGGGUUAUCUGGUGCCUUAAUAAAUGCUAAUAUGCGGAUGGCAAAGUUUCAGCUUCCUGGUGCAUCGUCAUUGUUUUCACGAAACCAACCUUCUCCCCCUGCUCCCUCAGGGCCAAUGCUCUCUGGUGCCUUACUAAACACAGGCCUCCGUGGCGCAUCCUACAAACUUCCAGACACCUCUUUCCUAAGGCAGCCUGGUUCUGGUGAAACAUCUGGGUCACGUUCCCUUGAUCUUUCCAAUGCCCUACGCAAUCAGAACCUUCGGUCGGCCUCGUAUCGCCUGCCUGAUGGAUCCCUAAUGAAUCCAAAUCAGCAAGCUUCAGACUCCCGUUCCUUUGACCUGUCAAAUGCGUUGUCUAAAAACCCAAACCUUCGCCAAGCUAAAUAUCGUCUUCCUGAUGGCAACAUAAUGAACAGGCUUGGUGCUCCAAGAACCCCAGAACCCCGCAGCCUUAACCUCUCUGGUGCCUUACUAAACACUAAUCUGCGGGGGGCCUCAUACCGCCUGCCUUCAUAUGCCAUAGUGUCCCCACAAGUCCAAGGAGCAGGGUCUGGACAGCACUGGGCUUAUGGUCCAGGAAUGGAGGGGAUGGAAAUGCAAGACGAAUGGGCAAUGUAUGGAGACGGAGAGCUCAUGAUCCCACACGACCUCCGAGAACAAAGACAAAUGGGGCAGGAUCAAGGACAGUGGAAUCUGAGCAGGGAGGGAGAACCGGAGGGGAACUGGUAUGAUAAGAUGUACUCUAUCCGAAGCUUGUCAUCUGUGACUCAGCGGCAAAAAAGAGAAGAAGAUGGUGUGGAGGAUAUGACACAACUGGAGGAGAUGCACGAAGGCGCUGUUCUGCUGAAUAUAAAGACAAGAUUUCAGAGGGAGCUCAUUUAUACAUAUAUUGGGAGUAUAUUGGUGUCCGUGAACCCCUACAGGAUGUACAACAUCUAUGGGACCGACAUGGUGCUACUUUACAAGGGCCAUGCUCUUGGGGAGAACCCUCCGCAUUUGUUUGCCAUAGCAAAUGCUGCUUAUUCCAAACUGAUGGAUGCCAAUCACAACCAGGUCAUAAUAAUCAGUGGAGAGAGUGGCUCUGGUAAAACUGAGGCGACAAAACUAGUCCUUCGUUACCUCGCAGCAAUUCAGCACACGAGUAACAUUGCACAACAGGUAUUUUUUUUUCCCUUCUUAAAGAUACUUGAGGCAGCUCCUCUGAUGGAAUCUUUUGGAAAUGCCAAAACUGUGCGAAAUGAUAAUUCAAGUCGUUUUGGAAAAUACAUUGAAGUAUUUUUAGAAAACGGAGUGAUCAGUGGUGCCAUAACCUCUCAGUAUCUGCUGGAGAAGUCUCGUAUUGUCUUUCAGGCCAAAGAUGAGAGGAACUAUCAUAUCUUUUACGAGAUGUUGGCAGGUCUUCCGUCACAGCAAAAGCGAGCCUUUUACCUGCAGGAUGCCGAGACGUACUAUUACCUCAAUCAGGGAGGGGAUUGUGGGAUUACAGGAAAAAAUGAUGCAGAGGAUUACCGCCGACUUGUUGCUGCCAUGGAAAUCCUUCACUUUGCUGCUGAGGACCAGGCUUCCAUCUUCAGAGUUCUUGCCUCUAUUCUGCAUCUGGGAAAUAUCUUCUUUCAAAGACAUGAGGCUGAUGGCCAGGAGGUGGCGACAGUGAUCAGUGCCCAAGAGAUCAGAGUGGUGUCGGAGCUUCUGCAGAUCUCUCCUGAAGGGCUGCAGAAAGCCAUCACAUACAAAGUAACGGAUACAAUGAGGGAUAGGAUUUUCACACCACUUACUGUAGAAAGUGCUAUUGAUGCCAGAGAUGCAGUUGCCAAGAUCCUGUACUCACUGCUCUUCCACUGGUUAACGGAGAAGAUCAACUCUCAGGUUUAUCCGCAUCAACACACACUGUCCAUCUCUAUCCUGGACAUUUAUGGCUUUGAGGACUUGACCUUCAACAGCUUUGAGCAACUCUGUAUCAAUUAUGCAAAUGAAUACCUGCAGUUUUUCUUUAAUCGGAUCAUUUUCAGAGAAGAACAGGAAGAAUACAGCAGGGAACAGGUCCUUUGGCAAGACAUCCCGUUUAGUGACAACCAGCCCUGCAUUGAUCUUGUUGCUGCAAAGCCUCAUGGGAUAUUGAGAAUUUUAGAUGAUCAAAGCUGUUUUCCUCAGGCAACAGACCACACCUUUCUACAAAAAUGUCAUUAUCACCACGUCCACAACCCUCUGUACAUUAAGCCAAAGAUGCCGACUCCUGAGUUUGGUAUCAAGCAUUACGCAGGACGGGUCACUUAUCAGGUUCAUAAGUUUCUUGAUAAAAACUAUGACCAGGUCCGGCAAGAUGUUCUCGAUCUGUUUAUUCAAAGCAAGAAUAAGAUGGUGUCCAACAUCUUUGUGGCGCACCUGGAGCUCAUAGGUCAGCAAAAAGGUCACAAGAGGAAGAGCAGCACAGUCACACGGAAAUACCAAGCGUCUACUGUCAGCAGCAAGUUUCAGCAGUCCCUCCUGGAGCUGGUGGAGAAGAUGGAGAGGUGCAAUCCGUUUUUUGUGCGCUGUAUCAAGCCAAAUAAUCUGAAGGACCCGCGUGUGUUUGAGGAUGAACUGGUCAGUCACCAGCUUCGACAUUCUGGUAUCUUAGAGACAAUUAGGAUCCGGAGAGAGGGAUAUCCUAUCAGAAUGCAAUUUGAUGUCUUUCUCUUUAGAUACAAGUCUCUCGUGGGGGUGCAUCAGAUUCCUGCAGCCAGUGGAGAGAACUGUGUCCUAAUGUUGAGCAAACUGUGUCCACUCCGACCAGGCUUGUACCACGUGGGGGUCACAAAGAUCUUCCUGAAAGAAGACAUUUAUCAGUUGUUGGAGUGUAAACGAGAGCGCUCCCGUCACCUCGCUGCUCUUACUCUGCAGCGAUACACUCGUAUGUUCUUUGUCCGAAAACGCUACAAAGAAUUUCGUAACAAAAUGAUCCGGCUCCAGGCCCGAUGCAGAGGCUAUCUCGCCAGGAAGCGCUAUGUGAAAAUGAGAGAAAGUCUGGUUAGUUUCCGAUCACUAGUCCAUAUGUAUGUGAAUCGCAAACAGUACAUCAAGAGAAAGUUUGCAGCAAAAAGGAGGGCAGAAGAGGAAAGACGGAAAAGAGAAUUGGAGUUGACCAAACGGGAAGUGGUUAACGUCACACACCUGGUGAUCCCUGCAGAGCUGGGCGCAUUACUGCAGACAGCAGGAGCCAGAAGGGAGCUGCACUCGGACUGUCUGGCUCUGCUUCAGGCUCCUCAUAUUCAGGAACAAACUCAACUCACUCUCCCUUUGGACAUCAAUAAUUUCACUUUCUAUCGCUAUGUUCAGAUUCACUUCAAGCAACCAAAGUUUGGUCUGCUGAUGGCCCCAUUAGAGACGCCUUUAACUCGAGUUGAAGAGGAUCUUAAAGAAGAAGCUCUCCAGCUCUUCAUUAUGAUAUUACGGUUCAUGGGGGACCCUCAUCUGAAUGGAGCCCAAGAGAAUAUGUUUGGGAAUUACAUCAUCCAGAGAGGUAUUGUCUCGCCCGGUGUUCGUGAUGAGAUCUUUGCUCAGGUGGUCAAUCAGGUUUGGAGAAACAUCAAUCCUGACAAUGCCGAGAGAGGCUGGCUGCUGCUGCUGGGAUGUGUGUGCGGCUUCACUCCUUCUGCCAAAAUGGACAAAUAUCUGCUCAAGUUUGUGUCUGACCACGCUCCUGCCGGUUACCAGGCCAUGCUGCAACACCGGCUGAUCCAGGGCGGUCAGAAGACUCAGUUCAGCUCUGGAGACGGCACAGAGACCGCUCGCACUUACCCUCUGUCCCUGCUGGAGUGGACGGCCAACAGAAAGAAGGCCAACAUGGCGCUGCAUGUGCACUGCUUUGACGGUGGGUCCUUCUUAUGUCCAGUGCACUCAUGGACCAGUGGGGAGGACUUAGCGGGAGACAUUUUGAGACACAGGGGUGUGUCCGACUGGUGGAAGGGCAGCUCCGUCUUAAUGAAAGAACACGGCCAGUGGGUGGAGUUGGCGGGGCACGAUUAUGUGAUGGACCUUAUUGCAGACCUGGAACUUCCCUCACAUUUUCCCAAGCAAAAGAGUUACUUCAUAAUCAGCACAGACGACCCAGCGAAAGUCAGAGCUAAUGCUGGCCUUGCUAUGGUCGGCAGCGGCUUUGACUCAGAUGAGGAAAUUUCUCCUUUCUCUGUCCCGGGUGGGAGCAGACCUGCACGUAGUCUCCCUGAAUCUGAUGGUUAUUAUAGUCACGAAUCUGACGGUUUCAGUGAUGGUCAAACUCAAAGAGGCAUGGACCGAUAUUUGGACUCUCUGUUUGACCCUGUUCUGUCUGAUAGUAGCACAGAGAUGGAAAGAUCUUUGUCAGCCAGAAUGAAAGGAGGAGGUGGCAUUGGCAUCACGGAGGAGGACAGAGGAAACAGAGCACCCACUCGGCCGUAUCCACCAGGAAUACACCCUGGAGCUGUGCCAGUGCUCCCAGUAGCAGGAGGAAUGAUGCCACCCAUUCCCACCAUGCCCAUCCCCUCCCACCACCACCACCAUGAACAAUACCACCAACAGCAGCAGCAGCCGCCUCCACCGGAGCCAGAGCCGCCCACGUACCACCAGUACAACCGACCACAGCCCGCCCGCCAGAGGACUCUCACUUCUGACACCCCUCCCUCCCAUGUCUCACCCUCCUCAUCACCCCCACGUGCAGCCCCCUCUGCGGCAGCUCAGGUCCUAGACACUGAUGUGACUAGUGUGUCUGGGCUGUCAGGGAUGGGCACCCUCCCCUCCUCGUCUGUAGUUCCUGGGUUACCUGUGAUGACAGGUGUGCCAGAACAAACGGUGUUGACACAGCAGCAGCAAGCCAUCAUCAACCAGCAAGCCAUUAUACUGGCUCAGCAGAUGACUAUGCAGGCCAUGGCCAUUCAGCAGCAGAUGUUGUCGUCCUUUCCUCCAUCUACACCAGCUCCUCAGUCACCUCCCACUCACCAUCACACGUACUCUGCACAGCUCUCCUACACCGCCAGCCCCACAAAAGACAAUGAAGGGUCACCCACGAGGAGGACGAGUCCAACACGUGGUCCGCCUCCUGAGGAUGUAGUGCGCUCCAGUCCUAAUAACACUGAACGCACAGAGCCCAGUCAUGACAUUAAAGACAUCAUCAAACAGCAUCAACCUGCGGGUUCAACCACGUCCUCUGGGUCUGCAAAACAAAGAAAAGGUGAUGGAAAAGGUUUUGCAAAGAAGCCAGACCCUCACGAUGAAGCAAUGGAGAUCCUCAAAGACCAAAUGGCAAACCCACCACAACCGAGUCCAAGAAAAACAUCACCCACUCAACAAAAAGAAGACGGACCAAAAGCCUCAAAACCAGCCAAAGCGCAAUCUAAUGCCAUCACUACUGUACCUGUAAGCCCCGCCCCUCCUCCAGUCUCUAGAGAGCUGCCGGUUGAAGAAGAGCCCGUUCAGACUCAACUCCACAGUCGGACCAGUGAGGAUUAUUACACGUACACAAAUGUGCCGUGGAAACUCUACAUGAGGAAAGAGGUGUUUUAUCCCAAAGAAACAUUCAACAACCCCCUGAUUUUGGACUUGUUAUUUAGACAGAUUGUGCAUGAUACUCAGUCAGAGGCCUGCAUUCGCAUCACUCAAGAGGAAAGGCAGAAGAUGCGAGCUCUUUUCGCCGAACACAAGAUCGAACAACCAUCGGAAAAGUAUGACGACAACGUGAAGAAGAAGGUGGUCACAAUGGCAAAAGACACUUGGGGGAUCUACUUUUCCCGACUUUUCCCAGCUUCUGGCAGUGUAGGGACAGGCGUACAAGUGCUCUCAGUGUCCCAUAAAGGCAUCAAACUGUUGAAAAUGGUGAGGAGCAGCUCUAACUCCCCAGACUACUUCAGAGUACUGCGACCGUACAGCUACACGGACAUCCUGUUUGUAUCCAUUCCGUCAAAUAACAUGCUGGAGUUCAACUUGACCAACGAGAAGCUGAUCCUGUUCUCUGCCAAAGCCCCACAAGUCAAACAUAUGAUUGACUAUUUCCUCACGGAGCUCAAAAAGGACUCUGAGUAUGUAGUUGCCAUAAGAAACUACAUUACCGAAGACCGAAACCUCCUCAGCUUCCACAAAGGCGACAUCAUCAAACUACAAAACAUGAAUGGCCUCGACUCUGGCAAAUCUUAUGGCUGCAUAGUAAGAAAAAAGGUGAUGCUUCUAGAGGAGUUAAAGCGGGACACUCCGGAGUUUGGCUGGAGAUUUGGAGCUGUCUAUGGGAAGUCAGGCGUGUUCCCGAGUGAAUAUGUGCGUCCUGUGGCUGCCCCAGACUUUCUCGUCCUGCCUCCGGAGAGAGUGGAACCUCGAGACAGACAGGGGCGGGUCGCUGCGUCUGCUACUGUUGCUGUGGCGUUGGGUUCAGCAGUGGCAGCGAACGAGCUUGACAUCUCCACUGAGGCCAAGAUGUUUGUGGAAAGCAGUGACCUGGAUGAUCUGCCUGUGCACAGCAGUCAGUAUAACAUGUCUGAGUUUGCCAGGAAGUACUUCAGAGAGGCGCAGAGGAACAGUGAUCAGAAAGCAAAGAAGGGUAAGGAGGUUAAGGACCCAGCAGAUAUGGUGAAAUUCUCAAAGUCCCCAAUACAUGAAUCCCUGAUUGAUUUCUCAGACAGUGGAAUGAAUCGAGUGGCCACAGAUAUCUUUUUAGCCAUAAUGAAGUUUAUGGGAGAUUAUCCACUAAAAGGUUUAACAGAACAGGAGGUUGUCACCACAAUUCUGAAGCUGAGUGGAGACCAUGGCCUGAUAAAGGAUGAAGCGUAUUGUCAAGUGAUGAAGCAGGUCACGGCCAACACUAGCUCCAAACCGGAGAGUUGUCAGAAAGGAUGGAGGCUGCUGUACAUCCUGACAGCUUUUCAUCGCUGCUCCGAUGUCAUGAAGCCUUUCCUCAUGAAGUUUCUACUCGAUGCAUGUUCUGGUCCUAGUGUUCAAUAUCAAGGUAUCGCGAAGGCCUGCGAGCAGAACCUGCGGAGGACUUUUCAAUAUGGCGGACGUAUCAAAUAUCCAAACAACAUGGAAAUCAAAGCAAUGCUCGCCGGGAGGAGCUCCAAGAGGCAGCUGUUCUUGUUGCCUGGUGGAAUUGAGAGGCACCUAAAAAUCAAGACAUGCUCUGUUGCUUUGGAUGUCAUUGAAGAGCUUUGUUUUGAGAUGGAGCUGCACAGGGAGGAAGCUUUGGAUGAAUACGCUGUGUUUUUAGUCACACACAAAGGUCAGAAUGUGCGGCCUCUAAACAAGCGCGAAUACAUCCUGGACAUUACUACAGAGGCCGAGACAGUGGACGCCAACUACAGUCUGUGGUUCCGAAGAGUCAUAUGGAGUUUACCGCUAAAACUGGACAAUGAACUUUACGUCACCAUGCAUUACAACCAGGUGUUGCCAGACUACUUGAAAGCUUUGUUAAGUGUGGUCCCUCAAGGUAAUGUUAGCGAUCAACAUCUUCAGCAGAUCGCGAGAUUAUCAGCCCUGCAGCAUCGUGCCAAAGAUACCAUCUACCUGCCAACCCUCCGUGAAGUGCAGGAGUCUGUCCCCCCACAGUUUUACUCCAAACAAGGUUCACAGCCUUGGUUGAACAUGGUGACUCAACACAUGCAGCACGUCCAGCCAUUAACCCCACAUCAAGCCAGAGCUCAAUUUUUGGGCCUGGUCAGUGCCUUCCCGAUGUUUGGCUCCUCGUUUUUCUACAUUCAGAGUUCCAGCUCUGCUUCUGUCCAAGCCCCGUGCAUCCUGGCGGUAAAUCUGAACGGACUACACUUCCUCCACAAAGACACUCAUGAGGCUAUGGUGCGUACCCCUCUGAAGGAAGUCCAGUCAACUCGAACCCAGAGACCUACUUCUGGCUCCAGUUAUCCGUAUGUGGAAAUCCUGAUUGGAGACCUGUUAAAUCAGAGGAUCACACAGCUGCAGCUGGAGCAGGGCUUGGAGUUAUGUCGAAUCAUUGCAAUGCACAUGGAAAACCUGCUGUCAGUGAGAGAAAAGAGACUCACCCUGCCCCCAAGUGAGAUCACCCUGCUGUAGCACACUUCUUGCACAUCUACCUCUAAACUAGAAUCAAAUAUUUAGUUA